UUGAAUGUCAUGUUCCAGAGUACAGACUUGAUCAGCACAGCAGGCUAUGACGGCAUUACCCAGCAUAUGAACGAUGGCAGGAAAAACUGCAAGGAAUUUGAAGACUUUUUGAAGGAAAGGGCUGUCAUAGAAGAAAGAUAUGGGAAAGACCUUCUUGGUUUGUCGAGGAAGAAACCUUGUGGGCAGACGGAGCUGAACACCCUGAAAAAAGCCCUGGAUGUUUUCAAGACCCAGGUGGAGAGUGUAGGCCAGAGCCACAUCCAGCUGGCCCAGGUGCUUCGGGAAGAAGCGAAGAAAAUAGAAGAUUUCCGGGAGAAGCAAAAAUUCCACCGUAAAAAGAUUGAGCUGAUAAUGGACGCUAUUCAUAAAAACCGGAAUUUGCAGUACAAAAAAACCCUGGAAGCAAAGAGACUCUAUGAACAACGGUGCCGGGACAAGGACGAGGCGGAGCAGGCAGUUCACCGCAGCACCAACCUGGUCACCCCGAAACAACAAGAAAAGCUCUUUGUAAAGUUGGCUCAGACAAAGACAGCCCUGGAAGAUUCAGACAGGAUGUAUCAGAUGAAUGUCGCCGCCGUGGAGAAGAUCCGGGAAGAAUGGCAGAGUGAGCACAUCAAGGCUUGUGAGUUCUUCGAGAGCCAAGAGUGUGAACGGAUAACCUGUUUCCGCAACGCCCUCUGGCUGCACGUCAACCAGCUCUCUCAGGAAUGUGUCAAGAACGAUGAAUGUUACGAGGAAGUCCGGAAGAGCUUGGAGAAGUGCAGUGUGGAGAAGGACAUUGAAUGCUUUGUAAACAUCCAUAAAACGGGCACUCUCCCACCAGCUCCGGUGACCUAUGAAAAUUAUUAUAACUCCCAGAAGUCUGCAGCCCCGGGAAGAAAUCAAGCCCCGGCACCAGGAAUGGGGAGGAGGCCACAGUUACCAGUACCCUCCAGUGGACCAGGAGAACCUGAGUACUCGACUGUCGAUGGUUAUAGUUUAAUACAACCUCAUUAACCCCAAAAGAG